AAAAGAAUGACGCGCGUCUGAAUCUAGUUGAUGAUCCCAGGUGUAGAUCGUGCAAGUCGACUACUGCAGAAGUCACAGCGUAAAUCGGGAAGGAGUGGACGUGCCUCUCUUCAGUUCGUGCACGACUCUUGCCUCCGCAGUACACUGCUGGAUAGCGCUCAGUACAGUCAGUCUGCGCCCGGACGCUUCACGCACGCACCAGUGACCUGCCAAUGCGACGCAUCUUACUCUCAAAAGGUCUCGAACGCUACACCGCAGCGAAGAGCAUGGGGAAUUCACUGCGGACUCAUUGAUAAAGAAUUGCCACUGGAAUUAAAAUGAACAAUUCGUCCUGUAUGUUCCUUUACAGUAUCCAUUUAGUAUAGUCUAUUUGUUUAUGACACUGUAGGAAACCGAAGCAUGGCGGGUACCUUAUCAUUGGUGAUGUUGUUUGGAGUGGUUGGGGUGUUGGUGGCUUCUAAGACGGAGCGGGCGGUGCAGGUGCCCUGUGAGUCAGGCCAGUACACCAAGGGUGGAGAGUGCUGCGAGGUGUGCCCACCUGGAGAGGGGGUGGUGAGGAGGUGUGGUGCCAACCAGACUGUCUGCGCCCAGUGCCUAGACAGUGAGACCUACUCAGAGACCUACAGCCACACAGACACCUGUAUCCCCUGCACCAUGUGUACAGGUCUGAUGCGCAUGCAGACGCCCUGCACUGACUCCAAUAAUGCCAUCUGCGUGUGUGACUACAACUACUACCUGAAUGAGGUGUCUGGGCGCUGUGAGCCCUGCACGGUGUGCCCGGCGGGCCAGGGCGUGUUGGCACACUGCGAGCACAACCACGACACGGUGUGUGAGGAGUGUAUAGACGACACCUACUCUGACCGGGACAGCUCCCUGGACCCCUGCCUGCCCUGCACCAUAUGUGAUGAGGGCAUCGAGGUGGAGCUGAGCGCCUGCACCCCCGUCAGCGACUCCUUUUGCCAUAAUCCUCUCCUCCCGUCCUACACUUCUCCCACCUUUCCCCUGGACCUGUCUUCCCCCUCUUUCACAGACAUCUUCCCACCAGACAGCUCCAGCAGCCCCUCCCCGGGGGGAGAGAGCACCACGGCCCAGACCAGCCCUCACUUCAUCAGACCGGGCUUCAACGAGAACCUCAUCCCCAUCUACUGCUCCAUCCUGGCUGCUGUGGUGGUGGGGCUGGUGGCCUACAUCGUCUUCAAAAGGUGGAACAGCUGCAAGCAGAACAAACAGCCGGCUAACAACCACCAAGCCACAGCAGCCAAUCAAACGGUGACGCCGGAGGGGGAGAAGCUGCACAGCGACAGCGGCAUCUCAGUGGACAGCCAGAGUCUGCAGGAGCAGCAGCAUGCAGCCCAGGUCCAGACACAGACACACAGACAGGAACAGAUAGUGGUGAGGGUGGACGGGGGACCUGACUCACCUCCCCCCCAGGUCUGAGGAAGAGGAGAAGCCGCUGACAGGAAGGAGGAAAAGGAGGAGAGGGGGAAGUGGGGUUGCCAUGGAAACCUUGAUGUGGGAACGGACAUACAGUAUAAGAGUACAGACUGAGUGGGCUUCUUGGAUACAACAAGAAAGUUGGCGACAUUAUCGCCCCUUUUCACCAAUGGUGGCCACUGGUUUCUGACUGGACUCUUGUCCCAGUAUGGACCCUUAUUAGACAGACUGGAGCAUCAGAGGCUGACCCAGUAUCUCUACACAGAACCCAACUCUGCCAGUGUGUCUUUGAACACUAAACCUCUCCGCCAGUACCAAUCCUAACACCAACCCUAACACCAACGCCAAACACCAACCCAAACCCUAACACCAACACCAACCCUAACACCAACUCUAACACCAACUGUCUGCCUCAAGUCACUAAAGUUGCAAUAUCACUACCCCCCAUAAUCCAAGAAGCAUCACUGUGUUAGAUAUCCUGGUCUCCAUCUUUUCUGUCAGCUGGUGAGGACCAAUCAUUAUGAAAAGUGUGUUAGUAUGUUAACCCAUGAAGGAGUUUCAUCCUGUGUCCCCAUAAGUUCACUGCCAACUUCCUUUGACCAUUUGCUAAAAGUAUUAUUCAUCCACCCCCCGGUUACCCCUACUCACUCAAAUGAUCAAAUGUUUGUGCCUCAGAGGUAGAUAAACUCUCUGUCCCCUCUCUCCCCUUGUCUGUACUCUCUCUCUCUCAGCAUGUAACUAUUUGUCCCUCUUUCCAUCCCUCCAUCUGUACCUAUCCUAUCCUAGUGUUUUCUCAGGGCAAGUCCUGCAGUAGUCUCUCAGUGACUCCGUCACACCUCCAGACUGUCUUCUCAGACCUCAGCAGUAGCAGCUUGUUGUAAUCCUCCAUGUGAACCUGUCUGAUAGUAUCCCACUGUUAUCUAUUCAACACAACUCAGUGGGGGAACGGUUAUGCUGCGUUUAGAUGGUACGAGGUAGACGGCGUCCCGAUGUCAAUGAGAGCACGACGGUAAAUGCUGUUGAGGUCACAGUAGACGGGACAUGCCACCAGAGUUAAAAUAUUUAAACUUUUGUUGUCUUUCGUAGCGUUGUUUUCACCACAGCAACCAUACCGUCGUGCUGGCUUGCUUUCUUCUUGUAUGAUGGUUUCUGCGUCUCUCGUCUAAAUGCAGCAUUAGUCCCCAUUCCAAAAUCUCCGAUCCUUUUUCUUCCCACAGACACAGACAUUCCUAAGGUGUACAGGGACGGACACAUAUGUGUUGUUGUUAUACUGUUGCCUCUGAUUACUGCUCUCCUAUUCUCAUUGGCUGUGGAUCAUUCCAUCAUUCCGUCACCGCAGCAUGAUACACCAUCCCUCCUCUGUUUUCUGACACACUUGAGUCCUUUUCUCCAUCCAACAUGGACUCCAGGAUUCUGUUGGAAUGAUUCAUGCUUUGAAUGUAACAGAUUCUAGAUGUUUCUCUCAUGUCUGUUUGUGGCACAUCCGCCUCUCUUAGUGGUUUGAGUUACAAGGCCUCCUCAGCAGUGCAGCUCCAUUACCCCAGGAGCUGUGAUAUGCAAUGUGAGGAGCAUUUUUGGACUAUUUAACAUUCCUGACUCAUUGACCUGACGCAUAAUGUGAUGUCCAACUGCCAAAAAUGGAACUGUGACAUCAUCAGAAAGAGGCUCUGCAGUAUCAGUAUUCGAGGCUGUUCCAUGGUAGCCUGACGAGAGUUGUCUAGAAAUAGUAUACAGUUUAUAUACAAACACUGUAUAGUAGGCUAUACUCAAGACUCCCCUUAAUUAUCCAUUAUAUUGUACUUGCUAAUGAGUGGAGACAUGGGACACUCGUCAGAGACUUCCGUCUCAGUGAAAUAAACACAAGCACUUGCACACACACACUCACGUGCAGAUAUGUGUGUGUGCUAAAGAGUGUGCGGUGGCGCUAAUGUGUCUGCUGCGGUAUGGUAUGGUAGGGGUAUGGGUGUAAACACAGGGGCCAUUAGGGAGACAUUCCUGACAGGCAGGUAUAAUUACCUCAGGGUUUCAGGUUCAUUUAGCUUCACUCAGUCAGCUGGCUCUCAUCUGAAUCCCUCUGUUAUGUACUGCACAGAGACAUACAGAACGCUUUUAAAGUGGCAACAAUGUGACAUUACCAUUACUCACCUCUCAUGUGUCUGAGAGAGCAGUGACAUUUUACUGUAUCACAAUAGUGAUCUGAAGCAUACUGAAGCAUACGCAGCAUACUGAACACGCAGUAGGUAUUAGAUGUUAGCAAUGUAGCUACGCUUACUGUAACUGUACUGCUUUGAAGUCCAGGUUUGAUUCCCAGGGACAUGCGAUUACUCAGGGUCCCUUUGGUGUGGUUUGGUGCUUGAAUUUAGAUGUAGGUAGAUAGCAAAGUAGAGAUAUUAGCAGAGAUACUUUUGUGUCUGUGUGAGAGAGAGAGCGAGAGAGAGAGAGAGAGAGAGAGAGAGAGAGAGAGAGAGAGAGAGAGAGAGAGAGAGAGAGAGAGAGAGAGAGAGAGAGAGAGAGAGAGAGAGAGAGAGAGAGAGAGAGAGAGAGAAUCUGGCAUAGCAAAGAUACAGCAGGGAAGACGCUCUCAUAGUAGUGAGUUUUGAGGCUUUUGAAUAGAAAACAGACCAACACAGCCACACUAUAUUCCCCCUGGGGGCCUCCUUGUGACAUAUCCAGUGGCUUCACACACACAGUGUUUCACACAAUAUUAUUGACAGCAGUGUGAUUCAUAUUGCUCCACAAUGGAAGUGCAGUAGGACCCAGUGGACCAACAGAUUGGCAUAAUACCACUGACUGACAGGAGGGACUGUCAUCAACGACUGGUGAACAACUGAACCUUUCACUGUGGCUGGCGGCCCCACGGGCCCAAUCUAACACUGUGCUGUCUCACAGGUGAAUAGAGGUGUCAAUAUAGAAUCUACAGUAUGACUCAAUCGGUACUGUUCCUCCACAGCAGGGGACACUGGUAGAGUGGAUGAAGAUAAUAUAAGAAUGUAAAGCUGAAUAACGUUACAGACAUAAAUAUGCAAAACAUUCAAUGUUCUUCUAUUGUUUUUGUUAUGAAUAUUAUUCUCUUUUUUGAAAUCAGUAUUUUUUUGUAAACGGUCUCUUGUUUUAGCUGUAAUAGAUGUAAUAGGCUGUGCUAUACAAGUGCCUGUGUACAGAGUCAGGUGUCUUUGAGUUAUGUUCCGAACACUUUCUGUUCUUCUUCUUCUGUUGUUGUUCUCACUUGUUGUAUGAUCUGUGUUUUGUUUCAUCAUUUGAGUGUUAAUGAAGGUUUCAGGAAGUAUAGGCCAUAGGUUCAAACAUACUACUAAUGUUGUUGAAAUCCAUAUCGCAUCAUCUACGUACAUGCCAUCUGCUGUGGUCCUAUUUUACCGACCACAAUAUACUCUACCUACAGUGCAAAAGUGGCAAUAUGUGAUGAGCAUGACCAGUAUGUUUUUACAUGUUCAGUUUGUCCAGAGGUUGUGGACAGACAUGCCAUGUAUGAGGAGGAUUCACUGUGAUUCUCUAUGGUAAUGUCCAAGAUAUAAUAAAUCCCCACAGAAAUGUCAGACCCCUCCCCCCCAAAAGCUGAAUGUUACAUGUACUUACCUACUAGUGUAAAAUGCAUUGUGUAAAUGUGAAUUUCUUAGAGUUGUUACAAUAUAUAAAUACACUAUAAAAUUGAAAAAGCAAACAAAUUAAUUAUCUGAUAGAAUAAAAACAAAUGUAAUUGCA